AUGCCUAACUGGAAAUCCUACGAGAGCUCUGUCCGCCUUCUGAGCGCCAUCAUUGCAGCCCAUCCGGACCUGAAGCUUAACUACCAGGCCAUUGGUUGCUUCUAUGGUGAUGGCGCCAACUACAAGUCUGUCUGGAACCGGUUUCGGACCCUCAACAAGAACGCAAAGGCCAUCGCCGCCGCCGUUGAAGCCGGUCAAGAUCCAUUCCAAGUCCCGAUUCAGGACGGCGCUCAGUCUCUGAAGUCCAAGACCUCAGACAUCUCGGCCAGAUUCGGCGGUGACUGCACCCAGUCUGCUGUCGAGAAUCGCUUCCGUCGAAUCAAGUCUGAUGCCAAAUUGAUCAAUGGAGCCAUCCAGAAGGGCAUCGACCCUAUCACCCUCAACAUUGGAGACACUGAUGGCAGUGUUGCAAAGAGAGGAAAUGACAUCGCAGCAUGCUAUGGCUCAGACACGACCCCUGGCGCCAUUCGCGGUGCCUGCGAUCGCCAAGUGAUUCCUGUCCUCAAGAAACUGAGGGCCUGCAAAGAACUCGGUCAAGAUGCAAAGCAUUUGGCGAUCGACCAGGUGUGGGCUGAUCUCGCCAAGUACUAUGGCUCAGACGCAACCCCCAGCUCCCUGAAGAAUGCAUUCAACCGCCAGGUCCGCCCCGCGAUCAAGCUGCUAACUGAAUGCUAUGGUUCGGGCGGUGAUGCUAAGGACCUUGGUAUCGAACAUGAUCUGAUCGGGGGCAACAACGAUAUGGUGAAGUACUUCGGCAGCGACGUCUCCAAGAACUCGCUCAAGAUUGCUAUGUGGCGUCACUUCAAGCCUGAUGCGCAGCGCGUCAAGGAUUGUGCGGACGCUGGUGGUGACCCGAAGACGAUUAACCUUCUUGACGAUACUAAGGAUGGAGGCAAAUGUACUCCUCAACUGCUCAUUACCAUCGCUCCCCUACACAAGCCCACUUGCACGAUUCCCUUUGAGAUUGCGAAAUACUAUGACAGCAACACCAGCAAGGGCGCUGUCCAAAAGGCUUUUCAACGAUAUUUUUUACUACAUGCAACCCUCGUCGCCCAAUGUGUCAAGGACGGAAAGAAUCCGAUGACCAUUUCUAUCGGUACUGAGGUUGCUAAGGAGAUGGUGAAGCACUUCGGCUCCGACACGACUGCUAACGGUCUCCGGGUGGCCAUCUACCGCAAUGUUGGCCCCAACGUCAAGCGUAUCCGCGAAUGCGUGGAGUCGGGUGGAGACUGCAAGGAUCUCUGCCUUACCCAAGAUGCUAAGGAUGCUGCUGGCAAGGAAGCCAAAUCACAGCACAUUUGA